AUGUCAGAUACCACUGGUACAUUUCAGUACCUUUCUGAGGACCAAGUCAAGCAGUUCCGCAGAGACGGAUACUUGCGCCUCCCCAAUUUUUUGAGCAAAGAAGAGACAGAGGCGCUGCUCGCCCGCUCGAAGCAGCUGCUGGACAACCUCAAUCUCGCAGAGCACCCUCUCACCAAGUUCACAACGGGGGACGAUAACCACGUCGGAGACGACUACUUCCUGACAUCGGGGGACAAGAUCCGAUAUUUCUUGGAAGAAGAUGCUAUCGACAGGGAUGGCCAGCUGAACAGGCCGAAGGAGAGGGCCGUUAACAAGAUUGGGCACGGCAAGGUCACCCUGGAGAACGCGUCCAUGCAGGCUGUCGCUCGUGACCUUCAAUUCCAUCACGAUCCCGUAGCUCUGCAGUCCAUGGUGAUUUGCAAGCAGCCGCAGAUUGGUGGUGAAGUACCCGAGCACAAUGACUCGACGUUCCUUUACACGAAUCCCCCAUCUGCGCUCGGGUUUUGGAUAGCGCUCGAAAAGUGCACCCCCGAGAACGGCGCACUGUCUUUUCUGCCCGGCUCUCACCUCACCACGCCUAUCACGAAGCGGUUCGUUCGUCUCCCGCAAGGUGGAACCGGCUUCGAAACCCUGAUCCCUCCCGAGAACGUGCCAAAGAACCCUGGGGGAAAGUACGUCCUAGAGGCGUGUAUGCCCGGCGACAUGGUGCUCAUCCACGGCAGUGUCCUGCACAAGUCAGAGAAGAACCUUAGCCCAAAUACCCGGUUUGCGUACACGUUCCACAUGAUCGAGUCUCCGCCACAUGCAGUUUACGACGAGAAGAACUGGCUGCAGCCUACCCCCCAGAUGCCGUUCUCGCGCAUCCUGGACGCACCCAACCCAACCACCGUAUCGGUUACUGCUUGA